GCCGGAGGAGGCGGAGGCAGAGGUGGAGGAAGCCGGAAGUGGAUCGGGCCCGGGUCGGUCCGGGCGUUGCGGGUUUAGGGCCUGGGAUCGCUUUGCCCCAGGCAGCUGCAGAGCCUGUGACGGAACGGAGCGGCGCCAUACCGGCCUUGAGGCCUGCUGACCGGCAGGCUCAGCGCGCCCUGCGGAGGUCCGCGGUGACCAGCAGCGACCUCGGAGCGACGGCGGGCGGCCCCGGGCAUGUACGCCCCCGGAGGCGCAGGGCUGCCCGGCGGGCGCCGGCGGAGGAGCCCGGGAGGCAGCGCUCUGCCCAAGCAGCCGGAGCGUAGCCUGGCCUCGGCUCUGCCGGGUGCCCUGUCCAUCACGGCGCUGUGCACUGCCCUCGCCGAGCCUGCCUGGCUGCACAUCCACGGUGGCACCUGUUCCCGCCAGGAGCUGGGGGUCUCCGACGUGCUGGGCUACGUGCACCCGGACCUGCUGAAAGAUUUCUGCAUGAAUCCCCAGACAGUACUGCUCCUGCGGGUCAUUGCCGCCUUCUGUUUCCUGGGCAUCCUGUGUAGUCUCUCCGCAUUCCUCCUCGAUGUCUUUGGGCCCAAGCAUCCAGCCCUGAAGAUCACCCGUCGCUAUGCCUUCGCCCACAUCCUCACAGUCCUGCAGUGUGCCACCGUCAUCGGCUUUUCCUACUGGGCUUCCGAACUCAUCCUGGCCCAGCAGCAGCAACAUAAGAAGUACCAUGGGUCCCAGGUCUAUGUCACCUUUGCUGUUAGUUUCUACCUGGUAGCAGGAGCUGGUGGGGCCUCAAUCCUGGCCACGGCAGCCAACCUCCUGCGCCACUACCCCACUGAGGAGGAGGAGCAGGCCCUGGAGCUGCUGUCCGAGAUGGAGGAGAACGAGCCCUACCCAGCAGAGUAUGAGGUCAUCAACCAAUUCCAGCCACCCCCGGCCUACACACCCUAAUGCUGGCCCAGGGCUUUCUUCUGCAGCAGCCCCUCCCCACUCUGCAGCGCCUCUCAAACCCAGAGGAGCUCCUCUCCCCAGCAGGCCUCACUGGUAGGAUCCUGACCAUUUCACCAAACCUUCCCAGGAGAGACUCUGCCUUUAGGGUGGUUCAUGUAUCCCUGCUCUCGAAACCUGGGAUUCACAGAUUUUUUAUAUAAUGCACUGUUUCCCCUCUUGUCACCUUCCUGUCCCUUUGUGGUCACUAGUCAUUACCAGCCAGGGAUGGUCAUACAAGUUUUCUCCCUUCAUGGGCCAUAGCUUUGAAACUGGGACUUUCCCUGGGGAGCUGCUGAUGGUGGGGACUUACAGAUAGAAGUGUCAGCAGGCCCAAAGGGAAAGGGGGACUGGGCCCUGUAGGCUCAUUUCGUAACAGUCAGUGUUUGUCCCACCACUAUAGCCCUGGACUGAUCCCCACCCCCAAUUCCUACUUGGAGUGCUGCGGCCCCGGGCCGCUCGCUCCGUGGAAUUCUCUGCACUUUAGUCUUUGGACUUCCCAUCACACAUCUUGUGGUUUUCUGGGAAGAAGGAAUUGCUGUCAGGAAGCUGAGCCUGCGCUCUUCCGCCCUGCCCUUGAGUAGGUGGCUGGAGCCCAGGCAGGGAGCGCAGCAGCUGGCAUGGGCCUGAGGCCCCCUGGUGCCCAUAAAGGAUCAGAGUAAGGGCGGUUCACGUCUCCCUAGCCCCUUCACCUUUUAAAAUGUGAGUGGUUUUAAAAGGAAAAAGCAGAACCAAUCAACAGCAACAAUACUCUUUUUAAACUAGCGACAAGCCUGUUGUCGUUUUUUCAGACAUUUUAUCCCAUUCCUUUUGGCUCAGCACUGUUUUGGGCCACGGCUUCCCCCAGGCAGCUCCUCCCCGAACCUCUUCCAGCAGAAUGCAGCCUCUUCCCUUGCCUCCUCCCCCACCGCGACCCGCAGCCCUGGGCCCUUCCUGUGGAACCCAGAGCCCUGUCGGCCCCGGCCCUGAGGGCAAAGGACUGUGGCCUGGCUGGCUGGCCAGCGUGGUGCUCCUCAGGACUGUGGCACUGAGAUAUAACCUGGCCUCCGUGCAGGAACAGGGGCCAUAGCAGGGCAGGAAACCCGCCAUGCGCCACAUAAGAACCGCAACCAGUGGGGUCCCGUUGCGUGAGGUGCCAGAAGCAGCCCUUCAGAGCAGCAGACCUGGCUGUGUCCUUCAGGCUCAGUGUGUCCCCUAGACUGUGAUUUGGGGCAACAGCUUGCUGCAUGCCCCUUUUCUCUUCUUGAAUGUACUCUGGUCUUGCCGUGCGCUCCCGGCUCUUUCUUGCCCGGCCAUCAUUCUGUCCCGUCUGCCACACAAGGCUCUGGGUCUGGCUGAAUGCUGGGCCUGGAGAUCUGGGGCACAAAGUGGGAGAAACUUGAGAGACCUUCAAUGUGGAUCCAGAUGGCCAAGCUCUUUGGAAUCAGUGUCCGGUGCUGAGCUGAAAAGCAGAUUGGAUCCCAGUUUCCUUUCACAGGCAAUAGACAGAGCAAGACUGGAGAGUGGAUACCACUGUCGAAUUGUGGCUAGAAAGGGACUCUCUUGUCCCUUGUCCUUCUUCAGCGAGUUUGCCUGGAGAUGUCUGGACAGAUGCCUGUGUGGGAGGUGAAGACCAUGUCUGUGCAUGAGUGAGCGGCUGCCUGGAGUUCACUCUGAUGCCAAAGUGUGUCCCAGGGUGACUCUCACUCUUCCAGACUCUUCCCUUAGGCAAGAAAGACUGCAGUAUGAUACCUGAGCACAAAACCAAGGAGCUAAAUUAAGUCUUAUGUCUUUCUGUAAAGUCCAAGUUUGCCUUUGGCAGAUCUCCAGGGUGUGGCCAGCUCUCUCUGACCAUGAGGGUCUAAGCAGGCAGAACAAGAGAGUGGGCACCAAACACGCAUGCCAAAGUGACUAGUCAUCUCGUGAGGACCUAGACAUGACCCUGUGGACCAUUCCACGUGACUCGGAACCCACUUUUUAUUAGCUUCCCCACACCUCUGGCCUUUCUCUUUUCCCCUGCCAUCCUGACAUGGAUAGUUUGUCAUAUAAAUUCCCCUGGUUGUGUUUUUUUUUUUUUUUUU